CCUUGUUGCCCGAGAUAAGGAUUUGCCUAAUAUUGCUCAGAAAGAUGGUCUCUAUCCAAUCCACUAUGCAGCUAGGAAUGCCUACAAGUCUCCGGAUAUGUAUAUUUAUCUCUUGGGUGUCACCACGGUCCGUGAUGCUUUUAUUAAAGACUACAAUGGCCUUAUGCUUGUCCGUUUAUUAAUCCUGUCCGAAAAGUAUGAUUUAGCUACAAAGUUGGUAGAACAUUAUCCUGAUAUGGCCAAAGCUGACCCAAAUGAACGUUCUCCUUUGAUGGAACUUGCUAAGAAGGAAUUUGCACUCCUUCGUGGUGAUGGUUUAAACAGUUGGCAACGAUUACUCUUCCGUUAUGUUCCUAUCAGGUCGACUUCCGAGGGUCAAAAAAGAAUACCGACUGACAUCGAAAACGUAAGCAAUGAACCACAAAUGUUUAAUGCAAAAAACUGCUGGCUUUCACCAAUUUGGGAACGGAUUUACUUCGGUGCUUUGAUCACGAAGUUGGGUGGCCUUCCAUUUGAUGUUCUUGAAAGAUUAGUGCCUCCUUUGAAACUCAUCCGAGACAAAAAGUCAAAAUAUUACAAUGCAGUUAAGCUUGUCGAAUGCUUGUGCAAGAAAAUUGAAAGUUUGAGUUACGUUGAAGUUCAUAGAAUUGCUGGUGCUCCUCUCCUUGCAGCUGCAAAAAAUGACAACUAUGAGCUUGUUGAAGCUAUCGUGAGAAAAUUUCCUUCACUGAUUUACAUGAAUGAUAUCGAAACUGAAAAGAAUAUAUUUCACCUUGCGGUAGAGCAUCGUUGUGAAAAUGUGUUUAACUUGGUCCAUCGGAUGAGUCAGCAUAGAGACUUGUUGAUGCAAUCAAUAGACUCGUCUGGCAAUACUAUGCUGCAUUUGGCUGCAAAACUGGCGCCAAAAAAUAAACUAAAUCUUGUUGCUGGCGCAGCUCUUCAAAUGCAACGAGAAUUACAGUGGUUUAAGGAAAAUAUUAAUUAG